AAAUAAUAAAAUAAGAAUGAAUCGCGAUGAAAAGCUUGUUUUGCUAUUGUACCUGCGAAGAAAACGACGAUUAAAAAGGCAAGAACAAGUCAUUCGGAGAACAGCUCGAUGGUGGGUUCAUCCUAUGAUAGAGCAACGUUAUCUUCAAGGUGCUUACGAUAAUCUUGUGCUUGAACUUCGACGUGACACAGAACGUUUUUUCAAUUUUCAUCGCAUGUUACCUCAUCAAUUUGAUAAAUUAUUAACGAUGAUAGAACCUAUUAUUUCAAAAAUAUAUGUGACAAGGGAACCGUUGCAUCCAGGACUGCGCUUGUCAUUAACGUUACGAUAUCUUGCAUCUGGAGAUAGUAUGAUAAGUCUACAUUACCUCUACCGCGUAGGUAAAUCUACUGUGCCACGGAUAAUUGUAGAAACAACGAAAGCACUUUGGCAGGUACUGCAACCUCAAGUACUUCCUCCGCCAAGUGUGGAAACAUGGUCCAAAAUUGCAGAGGAUUUUGAAAAUAAAUGGAAUUUUCCAAAUUGUGUCGGAGCAAUUGACGGAAAACAUGUUACUAUACAAUGUUUUAAAAAUACAGGAUCAGCUUUUUACAAUUAUAAAGGCACUUUCAGCACAGUCUUAAUGGGAGUUGCUGAUGCUAAUCUUCGCUUUACAUAUGUAAGCAUUGGUUCUGCUGGUAGAGAAAGUGAUGGAGGUAUUUUUCAAAAUCUGGCUUUUGGAAGAUGCAUUGAGACAAAUACACUGCCAUUACCUGUACCUAAAGCCUUACCAGGUACAAAUAUUUGCCUUCCUGCUGUAUUCGUUGGUGAUGCAGCAUUCCCAUUAUUGAAUAAUUUGUUACGACCAUACCCUGGUGUUAACUUGAGUGCAAAACAAGUUAUUUUCAAUUACCGCUUGAGUACAGCAAGGCGUGUAGUUGAAAAUACAUUUGGAGUAAUGGCAGCUAGG